AAAAUGUCCGAAAAAUUGGAAGAGCAACAAAUGUCUUCUGGAUCAAGUAAAUCUAGUGAUAAUGAGGAACGUGACAAAAAGAUAGCCGAGAUUGAUAAACUCCUGGCAGAAGGUAAGAAACUUGAAUUGGUUCAGUUGUAUGAAGAGGCUGUUGAUAAAUUCGAAUUGGCUACUAAUACAGCGACAGAAUUCUUUGGAGAUUUUGCGCCAGAAUGUUACUUACCAGCUCUGAACUAUGGCAAGAUGUUAACACAGAUUGCUCGAAUUGAAUCUGUCAAUAAACCUUUUACCGAAAAACUGGGAGCGGGAAAUGAGAACAAUGAGAAUGAAACUGAAAAUGAAGAUGAGGAUAAAAUUGCAACCGAAAAUGAAGGAUCACAAGAUGAUGGAAAAGGCGAAGAGAAUCAAUUAAGCGAGAAGAAAGUUGAAGGGGGCAAUGACGAAGAAGAAAAUGGUGAAGGUAAUGAAACUAAACAAACUGAAAAUGGAAAUGAAGAGAAUGCUGAGGAAGAAAAUGAAGAUACUGAAGAUGAGGAAAAUGAGUUGGCUUGGGAUUGGUUAGAAGUUGCUCGCCAAAUUUGUGAAAAGCAAGAGCAAACACAUUUUUGGUUGGAACGCAAAUCUGACGCUUUUUUUGCAUUGGGAGAAUUUUUGACUGUUGCUGAAGAAUUCGAGCAAGCAAUUUCUGAAUUUGAAAAAGCUUUGCAUGUUCGACAAGAAAUUUAUAAGCCAAGUGAUCGCCGAAUUGCCGAAGUGCUUUAUAUGAUGGGGUUGACAUAUGCAAAUAAUGAUGAUUUUAUCAAGUCUUCUGAAUAUUUUGAACGUGCAAAGAAUGUAUUGGAAAAUACAAUUGAAGAUCGUGAAAAGGAUUUGUCAGAAGAAGAAACAAAGCACAAUCAAGAAUUGGUUUCAAAACUUAAGGGAGAAAUUGAGGAAUUGCAAGGAUUGGUUUUGGCUAUUAAAGAGAAAAUGACUGAUUCAACAGAAUCUGCCAAAUCUCGUGCUUGCCAAUUAGCUGAUGCUGUUAAUAUGAUUGGGAAAAAAUUAAAUUCAUCAAAUAUUGAGCAACAGAAUCAAGAAGUGAAUGAUGUUACUGCACUUUUACAACACAAAGCACCGAAGAAACGAGCUGCAGAAAAUGGAAAAGAGAAUGAUGAAACUAAAACGAAAUUGGCAAAAAUUGAUGAGGAUUGA